AAGCGGCACGUGCGGCGUUCUACGGUGGCCGAAGAAGUGCUACAGUUCUGUUAGCUCUGAAGCCAGAAGCACCCCCGGAAGGUUCAGCGACAGCGGUGUCUGUAGUCAGAGCCCUGCGAAGGGUGCCCGGGCAGCCGGCACCAUGGUGAAACAGCAGUUCCGCGAGACCGAUGUGGCUAAGAAAAUAAGCCAUAUUUGUUUUGGAAUGAAGUCCCCUGAGGAGAUGCGCCAGCAGGCACAUAUCCAGGUUGUCAGUAAGAACCUGUACAGCCAAGACAACAACCAUGCCCCCUUGUUGUAUGGAGUGCUUGACCAUAGGAUGGGUACAAGUGAAAAGGACCGCCCUUGUGAAACCUGUGGGAAAAACUUGGCAGACUGUCUAGGCCACUAUGGGUACAUUGAUCUCGAGUUGCCAUGCUUUCACGUGGGGUACUUCAAAGCCGUCAUUGGCAUCUUACAGAUGAUCUGCAAAACCUGCUGUCACAUUAUGCUGUCCCAGGAGGAGAAGCAGCAGUUUCUAUAUUUCCUGAAGAGGCCUGGCCUGACCUACCUGCAGAAGCGGGGCCUGAAGAAGAGGAUCUCAGAAAAGUGUCGGAAGAAAAGCACUUGUUCCUACUGUGGCGCCUUUAAUGGUACUGUAAAGAAAUGUGGUUUGCUGAAGAUAAUUCAUGAAAAAUACAAGACCAACAAAAAAGUUGUGGAUCCCAUUGUGUCAGAUUUCCUGCAGUCCUUUGAGACAGCCAUUGAGCAUAACAAAGAGGUUGAACCACUGCUGGGAAAGGCGCAGGAGAACUUGAAUCCUUUAGUAGUUCUGAAUUUGUUUAAGCGCAUCCCAGCUGAAGAUGUCCCUUUGCUUCUGAUGAACCCAGAAGCUGGAAAACCCUCUGAUUUGAUUCUCACCCGACUUCUGGUGCCUCCCUUGUGUAUCAGACCCUCUGUCGUAAGUGAUUUGAAGUCUGGAACCAAUGAAGAUGACCUCACAAUGAAACUGACAGAGAUCAUUUUCCUAAAUGAUGUUAUUAAAAAGCACCGGAUCUCAGGAGCCAAGACACAGAUGAUCAUGGAGGACUGGGACUUCCUGCAGCUGCAGUGUGCCCUCUACAUCAACAGCGAGCUCUCCGGCAUCCCUCUCAAUAUGGCUCCUAAGAAGUGGACACGAGGCUUUGUGCAGCGCCUGAAGGGGAAGCAGGGUCGAUUUAGAGGUAAUCUCUCAGGGAAGAGGGUGGAUUUUUCUGGCCGAACAGUCAUCUCACCUGACCCCAACCUCCGGAUUGAUGAAGUAGCUGUGCCAAUUCAUGUGGCCAAAAUUCUGACGUUUCCUGAGAAGGUAAACAAAGCAAACAUCAAUUUUUUGAGGAAACUUGUUCGAAACGGCCCUGAUGUUCACCCAGGAGCAAAUUUCAUCCAGCAGAGACACAUGCAGAUGAAAAGGUUUCUGAAGUACGGAAACCGAGAAAAGAUGGCCCAGGAGCUCAAGUUUGGUGACAUCGUGGAAAGACACUUAAUAGAUGGAGACGUGGUGUUGUUCAACCGGCAGCCCUCGCUGCACAAGCUGAGCAUCAUGGCCCACCUGGCCAGGGUCAAGCCCCACCGGACCUUCAGAUUCAAUGAAUGUGUCUGCACCCCCUACAAUGCAGACUUCGAUGGGGAUGAAAUGAACCUUCAUCUUCCCCAGACAGAGGAGGCCAAAGCCGAGGCCCUUGUUCUCAUGGGGACCAAAGCGAACCUUGUGACCCCAAGAAAUGGAGAGCCACUCAUUGCUGCCAUUCAGGACUUCCUAACAGGUGCCUACCUCCUCACCCUCAAGGACACUUUCUUUGAUCGAGCCAAGGCUUGCCAAAUCAUUGCUUCAAUACUGGUUGGCAAGGAUGAGAAAAUUAAAGUGCGCCUUCCACCCCCUACAAUACUAAAGCCUGUCACUCUGUGGACCGGAAAGCAGAUCUUCAGCAUCAUCCUCAGACCCAGCGAUGACAAUCCAGUGAGGGCCAACCUCCGGACCAAGGGCAAGCAGUACUGCGGCAAGGGGGAAGAUCUGUGCGUCAAUGAUUCCUUUGUCACGAUUCAAAACAGCGAGCUGAUGAGCGGCAGCAUGGACAAAGGGACCCUGGGGUCGGGGUCCAAGAACAACAUCUUCUACAUCCUGCUACGAGACUGGGGGCAGAACGAGGCUGCCGAUGCCAUGUCUCGGCUUGCCCGGCUGGCUCCUGUCUACCUGUCUAACCGUGGGUUCUCCAUCGGGAUUGGUGAUGUCACACCUGGCCAGGGACUGCUCAAGGCCAAGUAUGAGCUACUAAAUGCUGGCUACAAGAAAUGCGAUGAAUACAUUGAGGCCCUGAACACUGGCAAACUGCAGCAGCAGCCAGGCUGUACUGCUGAGGAAACACUAGAGGCCCUGAUCCUGAAGGAGCUGUCUGUGAUCAGAGACCAUGCUGGCAGUGCCUGCCUCCGAGAGCUGGACAAAAGCAACAGCCCCCUCACCAUGGCCCUGUGUGGCUCCAAAGGUUCCUUCAUUAACAUAUCACAGAUGAUCGCUUGUGUGGGACAGCAAGCCAUCAGUGGCUCCCGGGUUCCAGAUGGCUUUGAAAAUAGAUCUUUGCCUCACUUUGAGAAACAUUCGAAGCUCCCUGCUGCCAAAGGUUUUGUGGCCAAUAGCUUUUAUUCUGGUUUAACACCUACUGAGUUUUUCUUCCACACAAUGGCUGGUCGGGAGGGUCUUGUAGACACUGCUGUAAAGACCGCAGAAACAGGAUACAUGCAGAGAAGGCUGGUCAAAUCCCUGGAAGACCUCUGCUCCCAGUAUGAUCUGACAGUGCGGAGCUCCACUGGUGACAUCAUCCAGUUCAUCUACGGAGGAGAUGGCUUAGAUCCUGCCGCCAUGGAGGGCAAAGAUGAGCCUUUGGAGUUUAAAAGGGUUCUGGACAACAUCAAAGCAGUGUUUCCAUGUCAGAACGAACCUGCUCUCAGUAAGAACGAGCUCACCUUGACCACUGAGGCCAUCAUGAAGAAGAACGACUUCCUUUGCUGCCAGGACAGCUUCCUGCAGGAAAUAAAAACAUUCAUUAAAGGGGUGUCUGAGAAGAUCAAGAAAACCAGAGAUAAAUAUGGCAUCAAUGAUAAUGGCACAACAGAGCCUCGUGUGCUGUACCAGUUGGACCGUAUCACUCCCACCCAAAUAGAGAAGUUUCUGGAGACAUGCAGGGACAAGUACAUGAGGGCACAGAUGGAGCCAGGCUCUGCAGUGGGUGCACUCUGUGCCCAGAGCAUUGGUGAGCCAGGCACCCAAAUGACCUUGAAGACUUUCCACUUUGCUGGGGUAGCCUCCAUGAACAUCACACUGGGCGUGCCACGGAUCAAAGAGAUCAUCAAUGCUUCCAAGGCUAUCAGCACUCCAAUUAUCACAGCACAGCUAGACAAGGAUGAUGAUGCAGAUUAUGCACGCCUGGUAAAAGGCAGAAUUGAGAAAACCCUCCUGGGAGAGAUCUCAGAGUAUAUUGAAGAAGUGUUUCUUCCCGAUGACUGCUUUAUUCUUGUCAAGCUUUCCCUGGAACGGAUUCGACUUCUCAGACUGGAGGUGAAUGCUGAGACAGUGCGGUACUCCAUCUGCACAUCCAAGCUCCGAGUGAAACCUGGUGAUGUGGUUGUCCAUGGUGAGGCCAUAGUAUGUGUCACCCCCAGGGAGAACAGCAAGAGCUCCAUGUAUUAUGUGCUACAGUUCCUGAAAGAGGAUCUACCCAAGGUGGUGGUACAGGGCAUCCCAGAGGUGUCCAGAGCUGUCAUCCACAUCGACGAGCAGAGCGGGAAGGAGAAGUUCAAGCUUCUAGUAGAAGGUGACAACCUGCGGGCAGUUAUGGCCACCCAUGGUGUGAAAGGCACCCGGACCACUUCCAAUAACACCUAUGAGGUGGAGAAGACUCUGGGCAUUGAGGCUGCCCGGACAACCAUCAUCAAUGAGAUCCAGUACACGAUGGUCAACCACGGCAUGAGCAUUGACAGGAGGCACGUGAUGCUGCUCUCCGACCUGAUGACCUACAAGGGUGAAGUCCUGGGUAUUACCAGAUUUGGCCUGGCCAAGAUGAAGGAGAGCGUGUUGAUGCUGGCCUCCUUUGAGAAGACAGCUGACCAUCUCUUUGAUGCAGCUUACUUUGGGCAGAAAGACUCUGUAUGUGGUGUGUCUGAGUGCAUCAUCAUGGGAAUCCCAAUGAACAUCGGAACUGGGCUCUUUAAGCUGUUGCACAAGGCCAACAGGGACCCAAAACCACCCAUGAGGCCCCUGAUCUUCGACACAAAUGAAUUCCACAUCCCUCUUGUCACAUAGUUUAUGGCAAGAGGUCACCACUCCUGACCUUGGCUCCUUGUCCUGUCUGUUGCUGAAUGGAAGAAGUUUGUAUCCCUUGAACAGAUGCCUGCAUGACCUUACUUAAAUGGUGCACAGGGCCAGACAAACACCAUGGCCUCACCAGGAACUCAGAUGGGGAACUGGGAGUCUACUUGUAACCUGACUUGUGGGGGCUCAGGAUGACUACUCAGCCUGCUCAGUGCCUAUUUCACCUCACUCUGUCCCUGCAGAGGACCCUAACAUGUGCCCACUCCUGCCUGUGAGCUAGGUCUGGGCCCACAGAGGCCAGGGCACACUCCUGAUUUCCCCUUCUUUGGCUGGAUUUUACACUGAUGUACUCAUGUAAAUACAUUACUGUUAUUUAUUUGUCCUGUCUGAGAGAAAUACACAGUGUUUGUUGUUAUUUUACUUUAAAACCGGGAACUGUUGAACCAAGAAAACCCGCUUCAAAGCAUUCCUGGAAAAGCAGCUAGGAUAUGAGGUCCAGGAUGGGGUGACUAGUUCCUGACUGGGCACAGUCUGUUUGAAUUUAACUUUCUUUUGCCUGAAAAGCAAAGGAAAUAGAAACUUCAGGUUUCCUAGCACUGUGAGUCAUUUUUAAAGGGCUCUGUAGCCUGUGACUCUCAGGUAAAGACUGUCCAACGUCAUUAACAGACCUGAGGAAGAAGGGGUGAUUCCUCUAAAGUCUCUUAUGGGCAGAGUACCUCCUAGUGACAGCAACACAUUGCUUGUCUACACCCAGUCCUGUAACAAAUCUGGGCCUUGGGCUGGAUACCAAGGUACUCAUCAGAAAUGUAAGUGCCUGAACUCUACCCUAAACUGAACUCUGAGUGAAGGGUGUGAGAAUAUCAUCUGUGAUUUCAUAGCCAACCAGGUUUGGAAUGGGUCAGUUUGAUUUCACCUCUGGCAAAGGAGGAGGAUUAUCUCGAUGGCUUCUGUCUAGCCCCCUGAAGGAACCAGUGGGGUUGGACCUCAGACCCUGAUACUUGCUACUGAGGCAGCAUCACUGAGGGCAAGGCAGAGUUUGUCAUAGGCACAGUACUAAGGUAGCAGCAUUGGAGAUUACUCAGUAGUUCAGAUGGUCACACCCACUUUGAUUUUGUCUCUAUGUGGACCUAAGGAAAAGCAAGAGCAAGGUCCUUAGAUUAUUGGAUCACUUCAUCUUCCCCUCCGUCGCCCCAAGAUGAUAGGGAGAAUGGUUAGUUCUUUUCAGUAGAAAGUAUUGGUAGGUGAGGCCUACACAUGUAAAUACUCAUGUGAAGGAGAACUUCUCACUCUAUUGUACAGUCUGUCUCUCUCCAUCCUCACCCAGCAUGCUCUCAAUCUGCAUGAGCAGAGAAUGUGACAAGAUGACUCCAGGACCACCCUGACCUGUGAGCACAGACACAGCUCACAGUUUGAGAUGCUGAGCCCUCUAGAGGUCAUGGUUCUAUUGAGGCCUCAAUUUAUUUUCUAGGUGGGUACAGUGAGAAGUCCCUUCUCACCUCUCUAAAACUCAGGAAGACAGAAAAGGAAUUGACUUCCUGGGGAUUAGGACACACCUGGGAGCCCAGCACUCAGGAUCCUGUAGUUAGAGAAUGUGAAUUAGAGAUUAUGGGUUACAGAUAGGGGAGUUCAGCCAAUCACAUUCUGUUUUGGGGGCGUGCCGCCCUCAGGCUAAAGCCUGCCUAUAAACCUAGCAAGCAGCUCCGCUAGCUCUCUUUUUCGCCUGGCUUCUGCGCCUGGACGGAUCGUUUGAAUUCUGGUGUAAGCUGUUGUAAGUCUUACUUCUGUUUAUUAAAGCUGUAUAUUUUGUAUUAA